UGACAACGGUUUCACUACCCUGAUUGGUGGCUGAUGCCAGCUGCUCUCCUAUGUUCGCUCUCAACGAAAGCGAACUUUUUCGAGGGUACGACUGUAGCUGUCGUCUCUCGCUCAAUUCAGUUGUUGUGUGUCUUUCGUACAAGUGACAGUUUUGUGUGUUGCUAACUGACAAAGGUAACGAACAAAAGUUUUCUGGGAGAGUAUUAUAGGACAGAAAAUAAUAUCAAACGAAUAGACACUCUUCUACUACAAACAUGUUUUCCAACAAACACGACUAUCUCUAAAAAGAUCAUACGGAUUUUUGUUUUUCUUCUCCAAAACGAUUUUUUCUUAACCCCCGGUAUCACAUGCUCCGAAAAAUGCAACUCUAUCGGGAGAUUGUGGUGAAGAUUGAUGGAUUUUACUAUGUCAUCUAGUGAUUUUCCCAAAAUAUUUGUUGUUUCUGCGGUGUUUUGAGUUCAGUGCUUAAUCAAGUUUUUAAUUCUGCAUUGUCUACCGGAUUCUUUUUGGUUUUUUUUUUGCCAAAAGAGAGACACUCAAAUGGGGCCAUAGGAUAACCAUCAAGAGAAGACACACACUCUCCUGUCCUGGAACAUAUGCCGGUGGAUUUUCAUCCGAUAGGAACGUAACCAAAGCAUUAAAAUUAAAUUCUCUUUUAAUAAAUUUUUGUGUAUAAUAGAAAAAAAGCACACUAAUUACCCCUAACUUAUUUAUUUAUUGAAACUAAUUUAUUUCUCGCACAUAAAUAAUUUGAAAAGAUAAAGUUGCUCUUUUAAAAACAAAUUCAAAAGUGACAUUGAAAUUAAUUUAAAAACGUUUUUUUUCGGGAAAAGACACUUAGAAGGGAAAAUCGCAAAAGUCUGAUUUGAAACCAAAAAUAAAUUUUACACCACAUAAUUUCUGCGAGAAAGAGAGGACAAUAAAAUUUCCACGCAAUAAUAUUUUGAACGAGAACGGAGCAUCAGCACAAAAUAUUGAUUUUCAUAUCACACAACAUUUUCCAUGGUUCAAUUUUUCAGUAUUAAAAAAAAAAUUGAUUUGAAGAAGGGAAAAAGGGAGAAUAUUUUCUACUAAAAAAAAAACAAAAAUUACACAAACACACAAAAAAAAAGUAACUCAAGUGUCCGAUAAAUCAGUACAAAGGAAAAUAUUUACAAAACAAAAAAAAAUAGUAAGGAAAAAAGUGUUCAAAUGUAAAAAGAUUUUUACAACUAAAAAAAAAUAGUAAAGUAAUUGACAUAAAAGAAAUCAAUACAAAAAUCAAUUCAUGUGCCCAUAAGUAAUCGUAAAAGAAGUUUAUAUUGAAAGUUACCUCUAAUAACCAAAUUGAAACGCGAUAUUUAAAAAAAAACGUGAGCAAAUCAACAAAUAACCAAAAAUAAAUCAAGAAAAUAAAAAAAUAAAACACUUUAGAGCCAGUGACCGUUUUUUCUAAAAAAAAACUCAAAAAAUAAAUUUAAAAAUAAAAAAAAAACAAUUAGUAAAAUAGUGUGAAGAGUUAUUUAUUUUUCUACUGCGAAACAUUUCACGAAUUGAAGUGUAAUUUCUGAGGGUUUUAUUUUCUUUUGGAAUUAUCGAAGCCUUCUGUUUAACAGUGUAUACCAAAAAAAGAAGAAAAUUGUGUAAAAAAGAGUCCUUGUGAAUUUGUGAGUGCCAGAUUUGACCACAAAAUCUCUACCUCGAUCGCAAAAAAACAAAAAAAAACAAACUAAGACACUGAGUACAAAUUUUCGUGUUAGUGAGUAGAGUUUGUCCCUAAAAACCAAGGAAUAGCCAAGGAUUAAACCUAACAAAAAAAACAAAACUAAAAAAGAAAUCGAAAAGAAAGGAUCUCGGCGGAUGAGCAAAAAUGUCGGCUAGACGCUAUCGCGAUGUAGCAUGGCAUCAAUGAUGAGCGCCUCAACAGAAGACGCAGCCGAUCAUAGUUUGCCCUCAUUCACAAAUUUCUCCAGCGACCUGGACCCCACCUCAUGGGAAUACUACGAGCGUGGUGAUCGCAGCACCGACGUCAUCGCAUCCCAGCAAGCCAGCAACUAUACCAGGCCCUGGGAGAUGGACUCCAAGGAUAAGGGUUUCGAGCCCUUCUCGAAGCUCCCCUCCUUCCAGAGUCAAUUCCACUCAUACUCAGAUCCACCGCUUGUGCCAGAGCCAAGCCUACCACAGCCUGUCCCUGUGCCCGUGUCCCCCAGCUCUGCAUCCCCCGGCAAUGGCUCUCUCACUCAACUCACGCCCAUCAAUCCUCUUCAAACGGGCCUGACCACUCUGCCAAGUCCCAGUUUUCACACACUAACAGCUGUCAACACACGCACCUAUCCCCUAGUACCGGCACCAAUUCAAGCCCGGGACAUACCCACCAUUCAGCAGCAGUACCUCGAUGAGCGUCAUAUUCAGCUCUAUCAGCCCAUUGCCACUUUUCCGGGACAGAAUGUCGUGACUGUGCUCAAGAAUGAACCAGCCAACUUCGAUCUGAAGAAUGGCCUGCAUCACAGUAACUUCCAGAAUCCACUGCUCGACAAUGGCUUUGAUGGCUCAAAAGCGGGCUCCGUGGCCAAGGACACAGCUUCACCCACGAGAUGUGACGUGCGCAAGAAAGAGCGCAGGAAAAUCCGAGCCAGCUCACUGGAAUCCAGUGCUGAGUCUGAGAGCAGUGCAAUGGAACUGGGCGACGUGAAUUCGGGUCAGGUGGCUGCUGUCUCCAGUACGGCCAGCUUCAAGAGCCCAAUGGGUUCCAUGGGGAUGGCUGAUGGAGGGGAGGACACGGGAGAGAAGCAGACGAAGAAGAAGCGGAAGAGGUGCGGAGAGUGCAUCGGAUGCCAGAGAAAGGACAAUUGUGGUGAUUGUGCUCCGUGCAGAAAUGAUAAGAGCCAUCAAAUUUGCAAACAGCGACGCUGUGAAAAGUUAACGGACAAAAAGCUCAUCUAUGGCGCAGAUGGGACUCUCAUUAGGGGCGAAUCCAGACGAGGCCGUGGCAAAGGAAGAGGUGGAGGCGUCAACCGAUCGAGUGUUCGUGGUCGUAAGGCUCUCAAGUUCGGUACAGUCAUCUCACCGCGUCCUCAGCCACCAACGUCAUCUAUUAGUCCAGCACCAGCAGCUGUUCCCCAGCCAUCGCCAAAUACCACCACAGCAUCCACAACCAACCAGCUGGUGGUUGUGUCCGGAGGAAGUGGAGGUGGUGUCGUGAAUCCGCCCGUUGUCGCUCAAGCCCAGCACAAUCAGCAAAAUCAGCAAUCCCAGCAGCAGGCAGUGUCCGCAGGAGGAACCACAGUACAAACCAUGAAGGAUCAACCACAGCAACCAAUGGCUCCAAUGGCCUUCUACCCUACUUGGCAGGCGGAUCCCUCGCAGGGCUGGCAGAAUCAAUUUAUCCAGCAAAUACCACAAAAUAGCCCAGCAAUAACUCCUCUCAACACAAUUGAAUUCCAACCACAGAGCUACACGUAUCAACCGAAUGGAUACGUGCAGACAGGAAUUGGUUUUGAUCCCAGUUAUGGGAGAACCUAUGCCACUCCUGUUCAGCGAUAUGAAUUCCAGGCAAAUCAAAUAGCCCCCAUCAAUCAGGUGUCACUGCAGAGUGUUAGCUUUGCACCCAGUGUCACAUAUGCCGGGCAGGUAUCAACGGGUCCAAGUCCUGUGCUACUGGCCAGUCCACAUCCCACCCAAAAUACUGUGGAUGCGACAAAGGCGUCGGGAAACGAACUGCCUGGAUAUCCGCGGGUGAACAGCGUGCCGCCGCGCUCACUCAACUGUAACGGGUAUUCAGGCGACUUUGGCGGCAACUCAUCCCAAAAUAGCCAGUCUGCCGGCCAGAUGCAGCAUUUUGGCCAACAGAGCAGCACCGCCAUGCAUCCUCCGCAAGUGCCACAGUCACCCAAUCGUAACACUGUCCAGAUGCAGAUGCCACACAAUUCGCCAUCGGCCCAGGUGCCUCAGUCCCCAAAUCACCAUCUGGGCUACUCACAGCAUCCCGGCAUGAGUCCAAUGCAGCAAUCACCCAAUCAGUCCAAUGGGAAUUCUCAUUCGCUCAGCAACAUCUCACCCAACCAUAUGAAUCAGUCGCAGCAGCAAAGUGAAUGGGGUGGAUGGAGUAGUCCGGCAAAUCCGCCGGGAAACGACAUGUUCAACCAGUCUGAUCGAGUGAAUCUCAAUACGCGACUCAAAACAAUGAUACUGAGCAAAGGAGAUGCCAAAGAUGGCUCUCAGGCUGGAAUGCAACCACCAGGAGCUGGUGCAAGUGGUGCCAAUGGUGGCCAGCAGACAUCCUCACAGACCGGUCAUUUUUUAUCGUAUAGCCACCAUCUCCGGGAAGGCGUUAGUUUAACUGACGGCAACAGGUGUCCGACCACGGAACCUGUCGGGGGUGGUGGCGAAACGUGCUGGAAGACUCCAAAAACGGAGAACUUUCAGCGACAGGAUGCUGUCUUGGCGGCACCAUAUGGUCCGUCGAGUAUUGAGAAGAGUUUGGGGGAUCCGGGUGGAGGAGGAGGAGGAACAGAGGAUCCCCUGAAGGUGACACCCAAAGUGGCUGUUGCCAGAAAGAAGGAAGAAAAACCACGCAAAGACUUCAACUACCCAAACUACAGUGAUCUCAGUUAUCCUCAAAUUCGGGGAGAGAACACUUUCUACUCCCCAUCGAUGUUUGAUGGUACCCAUGGGGCAUUUCAUCAGCCCGGCAGCAGCCUUAGGGCACCAGCUGCCAAGGAGAGACAAAGUAUUAAGCAAGAACCUACAGAUACCUACCAGAAUCCUCAACAUCAAGUGAAACUGGAAGGAUAUGAGAGAAACUACCAGAAUUUUAUUAAAUACGCUGACUAUUGCGAUGUUCAGCAGAAGCAACCACCUCAAGAGUAUCCAGGAUAUUCCCAACCCUACUACACUCCUGAUCCACUCUUUCCUGCAUCUUCCUAUCCCAACUACCCAACUUAUACCCCGCAGAAUCCUCCAGAAUUUCCUCCAAUGACUUUCCCAGGACCCACAACGGAAACUGAAAAGCCUGAAUUGCCUGCCCAGACGAACUUUGAGAAGGAAAUCCCUGCCCAUACCUAUCACAUACCCACAAGGACCCAUAUUGAUUCCCAUCCUCACUGUAGUCCGGAAAAUAUGGACACGCAGAAAUUAGCUGGGUAUCCAUUCCUGGGGGAGGGAGGUCCGGCUGCAAUUAAGGAUCCGUCAGGGUUUUCGUGUUGCCGCAAAGGUAGCACGGCUGUUCCGACGUCAGAACACCUCAAGGACGGAUCCUGCAUAGGUCUUCAGACCAAGGAUGAGAUUUUAUUGGAGGGUGAAGAGAAGGAGGAAGAGGCUCCAGCAGUUGUCAAAGAGGAGGCACCAUCGACCCCAGUGGACAGGACUGAGAAGAACACAAAGCCCGAAGUGCCUGACUGUGACUGUUUUCCAUCUGACAAGACACCACCCGAACCCGGGAGCUACUAUACCCAUCUUGGCGCAGCUGCAACCCUAUCAGACCUGAGGAGUGACAUGGAAGCCAGGAUUGGGGUAUCAGGACGUCAGCUGAGAAUUGAAAAAAUCAUCUACACGGGAAAGGAAGGCAAGACAAGUCAAGGAUGUCCACUGGCUAAGUGGAUAAUUCGUCGUGCUGAUCCUGAAGAAAAGAUCUUGUGUGUGGUUAAAAGGAGACAGGGGCAUCGGUGUCAGGCGUCCUUUAUUGUGGUGUGCAUCGUAGCAUGGGAUGGGAUACCCACCCAUGAGGCUGACAGUGUGUACAAAAUGUUGAUUCAUAAGCUCAAUAAAUUCGGAUUACCCACAACGAGACGUUGCGCCACAAAUGAGAAUCGAACAUGUGCUUGUCAAGGAUUGGAUCCUGAAUCUUGUGGUGCUUCCUACAGCUUUGGCUGUUCAUGGUCCAUGUACUACAAUGGAUGCAAAUAUGCCAGAUCCAAGACUGUAAGGAAGUUUCGGUUGUCCGUGAAGACAGAGGAGGCGGAAAUUGAGGAGAGGAUGAAUAUCCUAGCCACAAUGCUCGGUCCACUCUAUGUCACGGCCACGCCGAAAGCCUUUGAAAAUCAAUGCAAGUACGAAAGAGAAGCUCCAGACUGUCGACUGGGGCUGAAGCCAGGAAAACCAUUUUCUGGCGUUACUGCUUGCAUGGAUUUCUGUGCUCAUGCCCAUCGAGAUCUCCACAAUAUGCAGGAUGGAUGCACUGUCCAGGUGGCUUUGCUGAAACAGAGACCACCUGGAGUUCCACCAUCAACUGCAGACGAUGAGCAGCUUCAUGUCUUGCCACUCUACGUCAUGGAUACAACCGAUGAGUUUGGGAGUGCAGAUGGUCAGAAAGACAAGCACAAAAGUGGUGCAGUUCAGGUCCUCGAGAAAUUCCCCUGCGAAGUUAGAAUCCGGUCGACUCCUCUACAGCCCUGUCGACGACACGGAAAGAAGCGCAAUGGGAAAGAUGUGGGAGCUGAAGAACUUCCAGAUCCUCCGCCACCUCCAAUAACCGGUGGAGGAGGAGGAUCGACACCCUCUAAGAAGGACAAUGCAAAAAUGGCCAAAGGAAAGGGAGCGGUUGAGAAAGGAGGAAAUGGAAAACCACCACCGCCUUCUUCUUGUCAGUCCCCAAGAUCCUCUACCCCAGGAACACCUGGGGGAUCAACAGCUGCUACAGGAACCAGUGCCUUCUCGGCACCUGUCAAUACCAUGAUGAACUCCAAUAGUAGCCUCCUGAACAUGGCCUCAAUGAUUGACAACUUCACAGAUGCCCAGUUACAGAGCAAUCAAAUUUCCAGUACUGUCCUUGACUCUCCCUACUCCUAUGACUACAACACGGGUUCCUAUAUUGAUUCCCGAAACUACUAUGGUCAGUGGCCAGACUACGGAGCCUACAAUGACAGAACGGAGCAGGUAAAGAGUCGAGGCAGUGAAGAGAAUCCAGAUUCGACAACAUUGCCCAGUUCUGGAUCAUCUGCCUUCAGUCCUAGUGUUCCUGUGGAAACCAAGGUACCCACUUGUGCCAUGGAAGAUUACAAGGAUACGGGAUUUGUUAAGCCAAAGGCACCAGAAUACCCACCAACUUACGGAUAUCCUCAUCAUCCAAACACAUACUCCAUGUAUCCGCCCUACUCGCCCUAUGAUCACUACCAAAACAUGGAUUACUACGGAAAUGAGAAGUUGCGGUACAAUUUUGGAUACCCACAGACUCCCUAUCAUCAUCCCUACAACAUGUACCCAAAUGCUGCACCAGCUCCACCACCGCCAGCACCUCCAUCAGCACCCAAUUGGUGCAUGUAUCCGCCCCAGGCUUCAACUGCCCUCGCGCCUCCGCCUAUGAUGAUGCCACCGAAGGCAGAGAUUGUGCCGAAGCCCGAGCCAAUUGGGGAAGUAGCAGAAAUCAAUGACAACCUUGAGUGCUUCCAGGAUUCCCAAAUGGGCGGAGUGGCGAUAGCUCUGGGGCAUGGGAGUGUCCUGUUUGAGUGUGCUAAGCACGAGAUGCACGCCACAACUGCCCUGAGGCGUCCGAAUCGUCUCAAUCCCACCAGAAUCACGCUAAUCUUCUACCAGCAUCGCAAUCUCAACCGGCCGAAACAUGGAACAGAAGAGUGGGAAGAGAAGAUGCGAGUGAAGAAACAGAAUGCAGCUGAGGAGGCACGAGCGGCAGCUGCAGCUGAAAGUGGCGGUGCCAGUGUGAAACAGGAACCCAGAGAUCAGACAAAAGGACCCUCUGCGGAUAAAGCCUCCAAAACUCCAGAGAUCGCUUGAAAGGUACUGAGAAGACUUUUUUUGUAAAAAUAUUAUUUUUAUUAAAUAUAUUUUACUAUUCACAUUUUAAAAUGUAUCUUUCGAGAUUCUAAGAAAAAAAGGACAAAAUGGUAGUUUUUGCUUGUUAGAAAAUACUAUUCUCCAAAUUUUUUUUCUUUAAAUUUAAGUAAAUAUAUAUUUUAGUAAUUUGAAAGUUAGUUGCGUGAGAGGAAAUGGAAAGAAAAGCCAAAAUUUUAUAUAAUAAUUAUCAAUUUUAUUAAUGAAGCAAAAAAAAUAAAACUAUCGAACUUAUUGGCCAUAUUAAUCAUGUUUUGUGUGUUUUUUUUUUCUUUGUAAUAAGGAAAAUUAUUGAAUAUUUUUUACGUUUUUUUUGUGUAAACUAUUCUUGUAUUUUUUUGACUAUAUAUAAUUCUCACUUUUGUAAUUUAAUUAUUUGAUUCUCGUUUUUUGCGGUAUUUAUUCGUGUAAAAUGUUUUUUUUUUCUAAUUUUAUUAUUUUGAAAUACGAAAUUAUUUAAAGAAAAAUCAGUUUUUAAGCAAUUUCCCAAUGCCAUAUUUAAAUUAAAAAAAAAAAAGAAAAAUUAAUAAAACAAAAAAGGAAUCGAUUAGAUCAAAACUAAAUGAGAAAAUACUCGAAAUUGAAAAGCCCAAAUGUAAAAUUAAAAAAAAAAUAAAUAAAAUUUUUAGAGAGUCCUAAAGGGAGAUUGCGGGGAAAGCUUUCCUUGCAAUUUUUCCUUUUGCUUGUAUAGUCAAUCAAAUUCUAAAAUUCCACUUUAUAAAUAACAGAGAGGAUUGUGCGUACUACUUGGACUUUUAAAAAAAAUAUUGUAUAAUGUAGAAUAUAAGAUUGGGAGACAGAAAGAAAAAUUUAGCGACAGAUUUAGAGAGUAGCUUUUAAGAAAAAAAAUAUUAUUGAAUGUCAUAAAUACUGUUUGCGUGGGAAGAAAAUUUAAAAAAAAAUAAAAGAAUAAACGCAAGUUUAAAAAAGAAAAAUAGUCAUUUCUACCACAAUCUUAUUGAAAUAAAAAAAUAGACUGUUAAAAUUGGGAUGAGAAAUUUGAAAAAGAAAAAAUUGCGCAUGAAAAGUAAAAGGUUCUUGUUCGAAGAAAUUAAAAUGAAAAUUUAAAAAAUAAAAAAAGAAACAAUUUAAAAAGUGAGAAAAAAAAUGCUGAAUGAAAGAAAGAAUAUUUUAUGAUUGAGAAAAGGAAAAAAAACUUAAUAAAAGUAUUGAAAUAAAACUAUUAAUAUAUUUAAUAAAUUUUAAGAUGUAAUAAAAAAAACUUCUAUCAAUGAGAAAAAUAGAGAUGAAGAAACAAAUGAAAUACAGUAACAAUUUUUAUUGAUAAUUAUAUUAUAUUAAAAGGAAAAGUGAAACAAGAGGAGGAAAAGGAAAAAACGUAAAAAUGAAAUAUAGUGCUAGAAUUUAAUUAAUAGAAUAUAUAUAUUUCUGAUGAGAGACAGAGAAAAAAACAUAGGAUAUUUAAAAAAAAAAAAAGAGAAAAGUAAUAAUGAAUGAGAAAUAAUGUUUGAAGAUAUUUAAAAGUAAUAUUAUUGAGAAAAUAAACAAAAAAAAACAUACCAAGAAUAUAAAAAAAAUGAAAAGACAUGAAAUUUAUCCAUUCCGAGGGUUUUAAUUCAUUUUUAUUUUUCUUUAUAAGAAUACUUUUUUUUACCCCGACAGCUCUUCUCUUUAUUUUCACGUUGAAAAAAAAAUAAGAAAAUGACCUUUACCAAACACAAAAUAAAUAAAAGAAAUUAUGGCAAUCAACAAAAAAAAUAAAAUAAAAUUAAAAUUUGAAGAAAAGAAAUAGAGAGAUUAAGUGCAAGUGAUAGAAAUUAAAUCAUAUCCUUUUUGAGAACGAAAGCAAAUUUAAACUAAAUAAAUAGAGAAAUGAAAAAAAAAUCAUCAUCUUUUUCCAUUUCAUUCACUUCAUUUUCAUUCACAUUCAUCUUAUUUGUAAAAAAAAAACAAUUUAAAAAAAGACUAUCGACUUUGAUGGCAUUUUUUUAAAAAAAGAAAAAAAAGCGACGGCAUCCCAGUGACUAAAUAUUAAAUUUAAUAAUUUAUUAAAUUAAUCAUAAAGUAUUAUUGUAAUGUCUUUUUACCUUUGUAAAUACUUUUUUAACUUAUUUAAUCGACAAUUCUUCAUUGAGCAUUAUUUUAGACUCUUCCAAAAAAAAAACAAA